GCCAGACCACAACAUAACAACACCCACUGUAAUCACCUCGCAUUGCCGGUGUCAGAGCAUAUUAUGCUAACUCCGUGCAGUGUCAAAAUAAAUACAAGAAACUUACCUGCUGCUGCAAAACCCCAUCGAACGUUCAAUGGUCGGCCAAUAAUUUGCUGUUUAUAUUAAAUUAAUUAUAUUAAAUUAAGCUAGGAAAGCAAGACAGCCGCAGGGAAGGGAAGAACUACUGCUAAUCGACCAGCUAAGCUUCCACUUGCCGCACCAUGAUACUGAAAAUGACCAUCCCAAACACCGUGUGGUAUCAAACCCGCUCGAUAGUGUCAUCGGUCACAGCAAACACAGCCGCCGCCGCCGCCGCGCUGGAUCGCGUGCCGAAGGUGGUGGAAUUCCGCACGCCGGAACAAACCGUAGCCAAUCACACGCGCGCCACGCUCGGCCGCUACUACACCGUGCCGGGCGACGUGCGCAAGAAGAUCUUUGCGCACGGCGGGCUGCCGAAAAGCUUCGAGCGCCAGAUCAAAACGUUCAACGAGUGCUCGCUGAUGGUGCGCCGGCCGGCCGUCGAGAUCAUGGAGUACCUGCAGCGGACGGAUUUCGCCCGCCCGGUGAACCGGUUCGUCCUGCACGGCGAGGACGGCGUGGGCAAAUCGCUCGUGCUAGCGCACCUGCUGCACUACGGCUUCCAGCAGCAGUACGUGCUGAUACACGUGCCCUGGGUGCCGAACUGGAUGAAGCGCGCGAAGGAGAUUGCGAACUCGGCCUCGCACGAGGGCUCGAUCGAUCUGCCGCUGGACGGUGCGGCCUGGCUGGUGCACUUCAAGAGCCAGAACGGGCCGCUCAUCAAAAGCCUGGGCCUGACGGUGAGCCGCGAGUACGUGUGGACGAAGCGUGAAACUACGCCGGCCGGUGCACCGCUGAUGGAGCUCGUCGAGCACGGCAUCAACCGGGCGAAGUUUUCCUGCGACACGAUCGCUGCGUUGGUGGAGGAGCUGAAGCAGCAUGCGAGUGCGGGUCGCGCCCGGGCCAUGGUAGUGAUCGACGGGUACAAUGCAUUCUUCCAGCCGCACACGCGCUUGCUGACGGAGGCCAAGGCACGCAUCACGCCGGACCAGAUCACGCUCACCAAACCGUUCCUGAGCAUCACGCGCAACGACUGGACGAACGGCGUGUGCGUGGUCACCGUCGACCAGAUGGUGAAAGAGUUCAAGGACACGGCAGCCGGCCGGCAAAGCAGUGCUGUGGCGGGGCCGGCCCAGGUACAAGAGCCCUCCCUCGCGCUGCUGGAGUCGCGCGAGUGUUUCGAGCAUCUCGACCCGUUCGUGCCGGUCAGCGUGGUCGGUUACGAUGACGCUGAGUACUACAGCUGCAUCCAGUACUACCUGGAGCGCAAAUGGAUACAGACGAAUGAGCCCGGGUUUGAGGAGGAGCUGAAACUGCUCAGCUGCCAAAACCCGUACCAGCUGAUGCAGCUGUGUGCAUCGUUGUAGGGCGGGAUGGAAGGUGUAAAGUAGAAUUGUUAUCAAAAAAAAAACGAAUAAACAAGACCUACAGUGCGUAAAUAAGUGAAACAAUGUUUAAUUGUGUGAUCCUUCUUACCGCUCUAACGGUUUGGCCCCAAUGGUUCCUUGGAUUGACCACCUGUGAUGGGUAAAUAUUGGUAAAUUGCAAUAAAAUAUACCAAUAAUGCUUCGAAAUUACUCUAUCUAUAUUUUUUAAACAGUUUUAAAACGGAAGGUGCAACCGUCUAAGCGGACUGCACGACCCACACGCUGACCCACGACAAUUUUUCACAGAAAAACGAGUGAAGAGCAUUUCAAUUCUUUUGAUUAGAAGUACAAAAAUCGAAUAUUCGUUGCAGAUUGUACAAUUAUGCUUAUGUCCGUUAAAAAAUACACGUAUCGCGGCAUGUAUGUAUAAGAACCAUCCCUGUUGCAUUAAUUAACAUUUUUUUAAAUAAUUUAAUUUUAGCUCCUCACGGUUGUUUUCAAAUGAAUUAUCAAUUAUACCAUCCUCAUCAUUACAUACCUGCUUAAUUUUGCAUCGCAUUACAGUUGAAAAGUUACUACCAGUGUACAAUGACCUAAAAUACGGUAGUUUAAGAGCAGUAAAGAGGUAAAAGUAGGAAGGUUUGUGUAAUAAUUAUAUUCUCCUAUCUUUCGAUGCAAUUUCCAAAACAAAAUAAAAACCUACGUAACAAGCAUUGAA